AUGGCUCUCGGACUCACUCAUGUCAGUACUGGCCUUUACAAAGGCAUUGCCGCCGGGCUCCUUGUCUCAUGGACUUUCACCGCGCUCAGUUUUACCGCCCUUGACGUCCUCAAUAACAACAGCACUUACCUCGGGAUCGUCGCUUCCACCACUAUGUUCACCUUCCUCAUCUGCCGUCUCCUUGUCGUCUGGAGCCCAUCUUCUAGUCAAGACGUCACCAUCGCUCAAUUGAUUGCGUCUGCUGACUACGGGUCUCGACGGGGUGCGCUCGUCCUAUUCUCGCUGUGCUGCACAUGGCUAUAUGAGUUGCUCAACCAGGGGGUGUUGUUGUUCUUCAUUACGAUCUUCGGGGGUGUUAUGGCUACAGCAAUAUAUAAUGAUGCGUUUACGGACGGUGUGCAUGAAACUGCGCCCAUUGACGGAAGCACAACUGCUGUCUCUACAGAGGUCGACAAGUUCAGGGAAACAGCCGGGUUUGACCCGACGGAGAUGUUCAAGAUGAUUCCGCCGCGAGUGUUGGUUUAUUUUGUCGGACUGGUGUGGUUGAACUUUUCAAGCUUGGGGAUUUAUGUUCUGGGUCAUGCGGUGAUGUCGUUGAAGAAAGUGUUGACUUCGCCUACGUCUACAGCGAAGAAAGGACAUUCCGACAGCUGA